UUUCCAGAGGUGUCACACGCCAGGCUAAGUCAUGGAGCAUUUCUGGAGGACAUGGUGGUCAAGCCUUGUGCAUAAACCUCCCUCAGCUGGUUAAAAAGUCCCACUUGGCCCAUCUGUGUGCCUAGCUGAAACCAUCCUAAGCUAUUCCGGGGCUCCAGAGGCGCUCAGAGCCCUCAGCAGGUCCCUUCCCACCUCCCCGCCCGGCUGCCCCUCAGCGUGUCCCGCCAUCGCCCCUCAGGUUCCCGCCUCACCUCAGCGCCUGCCACCCCUCAGGGCUUCCCCUGCCAUGUUCCGGGGCCGCCGUGCCUGGUUCUCCCGCAGCGUCCAGCCUGGUCCUCAGCAGCUGUGGGUGGCUGGCGGAGGACUGCUCACCCGCUGGCAGGAUGCCGACUACCUCUUCAGCAGUGAUGCCGCCCACCCUGACACCCUCAGAAUACACGAGAGCCUGGAGUACUUGGACGGCAGAGCUACAGUUUUCCAUUCCUGCUACCUCUCUGCAUGGGCAAACACCAGUGCAGAAAUGAAGGAGUCAGUGGUUCUGGGCCACUUCGUUCUGCCUCCUGCCUGCCUGCAAGAAGAAAUCAGAAGAAAAACUGGUGGCUUUAUUUGGGAGCAGAUGGAUGAUUCCCUUGCAGAGAAGCAGAGACAUAAUGAAGAACUUCAAGCUAAUGAGGAUCUGCCAGACGAAGCAGAGAUGGUGAGAGAAGUCUGCAAGCAAGAUGUGAGGGAGGAUGUACUGAACUUGUCUGAAAGCAGUGAAGAAAACCCAGGCUCGAGAGCAUCGACCCGGGGGGAAUUUUCAUACCAUGCACUUAAGGAGUACCCGAUGAAUAACAUGGUGACAGGCUACACCUCUGCUCGCGACAUGAAGAAGUACGUCGGAGAGCUACGCGACUUCAUUCCUGGCACCUCGGGUUACACAGCAUACUGGAUUCAAAAUGAAAUCAAAGUUUACUCUGAUGUGAAAACUAAAAUGAAAAGAAAAUUGUAAGUAACAGGAGGCUGUUCUCAUCAAAAGCUUGACUGAGUGCUGCCAAAACGCUGUCAGCCAUGUACGGCGAUUCCAUUCUGUUUAGCAACAUCCCAUAGUUACUCUCUGAUGCCUUACUUGCUUUUCUGCAGCCUGAUGGUUAUUUUUACUGUCAGUCUGUGUUCUCACCAUGUUUUAGUUAAAUAGCGCAGAGAUUGGUGGUAUUGAGCUGAGAAUUCUGCGUUAAAUCUCCGUGGUGUUUGACUCGGCCAUUUGGUUCAUCCUGACUACAGCUCAGUAUGUUCGGUGUGUAUUUAAAUACCUGGCUGUUUGUUGUGAACAUUUUAUUCCCAACUAUUUAGAACAAAUUCCACAGAACACAUAAACACAGAUGCAUCUCCAAAAGAUCAAACCCUUUGCCUUUUUAUUUGUAUGGAGUACUUCAGUCAGUUGACCCGUGGCUGCCAACAGCAGCCUUGGAAGAACACGCGGAGCGGAGGAGGUGGCUUCUCAUCACAGCCCCACCCGUAGGACCCAGUGCCUCACCAGGCUGCAUGGCCAGCAC